GUGUCCUUAAUUCGUUGAUUUUUUUCAACCAACCACAAAGAUAUCGGCACCCUAUACUUAUUAUUUGGUGCCUGAGCCGGCAUGGUCGGCACGGCACUGAGCUUAAUUAUCCGGACAGAAUUAAGCCAACCAGGUACUCUCCUUGGAGAUGACCAGGUCUAUAAUGUAGUCGUAACAGCCCACGCCUUCGUUAUAAUUUUUUUUCUUGUUAUACCAGUUAUAAUUGGAGGCUUUGGAAACUGACUUGUUCCCCUUAUAAUUGGGGCCCCGGACAUAGCAUUUCCACGAAUAAACAAUAUAAGCUUUUGGCUUCUUCCCCCCUCACUACUUCUCCUCCUUUCAUCCUCAGCUAUUGAGGCUGGAGCGGGAACCGGAUGAACUGUUUACCCUCCAUUGGCAGGAAACUUAGCUCACGCUGGGGCAUCCGUAGAUCUAACUAUUUUUUCACUCCAUUUGGCCGGAAUCUCCUCUAUUCUAGGAGCAAUCAACUUUAUUACAACCUGCAUUAACAUGAAACCCCCAAACAUGUCACAAUACCAAACCCCCUUAUUCGUAUGAUCAGUUUUAAUUACAGCAGUACUCCUCCUCCUCUCCCUCCCAGUUUUAGCCGCCGGCAUCACCAUGCUCCUAACAGACCGAAACCUUAAUACCUCCUUUUUUGACCCUGCAGGAGGAGGCGACCCUAUUCUCUACCAACCUUUAUUUUGAUUCUUUGUGCAACCAGAGGUUUAUAUCUGAAUCUACCCAGGCUGAGCCAUAGUUUCUCACAUUGUCACAUAUUAUGCAGGAAAAAAAGAACCCUUUGGCUACAUGGGUAUAGUUUGAGCCAUAAUAUCAAUCGGUUUUUUAGGCUUUAUUGUGUGAGCUCAUCAUAUAUUUACAGUAGGAAUGGACGUUGAUACCCGAGCUUACUUUACCUCAGCCACAAUAAUUAUUGCUAUUCCUACAGGAGUAAAAGUUUUUAGCUGACUCGCAACCCUUCACGGGGGAACAAUUAAAUGGGACGCAGCUAUACUUUGGGCCCUAGGAUUUAUUUUCUUAUUUACUGUAGGGGGUCUUACAGGCAUUAUUUUAGCCAACUCCUCAUUAGAUAUUGUCCUUCAUGAUACAUACUACGUAGUUGCUCAUUUCCACUAUGUUUUAUCAAUAGGAGCUGUCUUUGCCAUCAUAGGCGGGUUUGUUCAUUGAUUCCCACUCUUUACAGGAUACACCCUGCACAGCUCAUGAACAAAAGCUCAGUUUGGUGUAAUAUUUACUGGCGUCAAUAUAACAUUCUUUCCACAACACUUCCUAGGAUUAGCAGGUAUACCCCGACGCUAUUCUGACUACCCAGAUGCAUACACCCUUUGAAACUCCGUUUCAUCAAUUGGCUCUCUAAUUUCACUAACAGCUGUAAUUAUAAUAAUAUUUAUUAUUUGGGAAGCCUUAGCAGCUAAACGUGAAGUUCUUACCCUCGAAUUAACUAACACCAACCUAGAGUGACUUCACGGCUGUCCACCUCCAUACCACACCUAUGAAGAAGCAACCUAUGUACAAACCUCAAGG